UAUUCAGUUUAAGCCUGCAGGUCACCAUGAAGCAUCAAGGCAUGUCUGACAGCACAAUGACUGUUCUUCUGCUCCUUGUCUUGCAACUUCCAUUUCUGGUUAUUUGCAGAGAUGAACAAUGGAGCCAUCAAUGUCCUCCAGCUUGCACCUGCCAUGAAAGUCACUUCUCGGAAUUACCUUUAUACCGUUUUCUACAAGAUGGAACUUCUUUGAAGAAUGACAUCCCAGAAGUGCCUUCUCAUUUCAAUAAUGACGUAACGUAUGAAGAUGUUGAGCGAACAUCUGAAAAUGAGAACAAUGUCCUGAAAAUGGCAAUGUGUGUGUUCCAGUUGGGCACCGAGCCUUUCUCGCUUCUUAGUAUGCUCUUCCCAGAUGUUCAGGCCCUGAUAAUCCUUCAGGCCCGAGACUCAGGGGAGAUCACUUUAGAAGCUGAACAUAUGUCCCAUUUCCAACAACUACAAGUUCUAGAAAUCCAUGGCUUUCACCAUGAAGCAAGUAAUUAUUCACAAAAUGAGCUCCCAAGAAUACAAGCAGAGUCUGAACAAAGCAAACUGGUGUUGAAAAAUGAUGCCCUUCAUCCACUGUCAUCACUCAAGUACCUCAACCUUCAGCACAUAAAAUUAGUGGGCUACCCAGGACAGGGAAAUCAUGCUUCUCCAGCAGUUAUUCCACUUGAACCAAUUUCAAAUGAAAUUUCAGUCAAUACUGCCAUGCAGCCAACUUCGAAGAAGAUAAAACACAAGGGAGACCAUGGGUCUGGCAUGCAUCGCCUUGUAUUCCUCCCACCUGUAGAUGGGGACAGAGAUAUCCUCCCUUAUAAAGUAUAUGUUGAACAGCAGGAGCAGGCAGGUCUAUCAGUCUUCACCGGCCUCGUAAAUCUGGAGUUUAUAAGAGUGUUUGGGUGUGGAUUAAAUGAAAUAGAUUGGGCAAUGUUUGAUGGUCUGCAUAACUUGCAUUAUCUCUUGAUGGAAAGGAAUCAUCUUUUGUUCAUCCCAGAUUUUGCUUUCCUGGGUGUUCCAAAUCUGCGUACAUUGUCAUUAGCACACAACCAGCUACUAAGUCUACAAAGCACCAGUCUGGCUGGCUUGUUUGAGCUAGAUAAACUAGAUCUCUCUCAUAACAAUUUUUCACACCUCUCUGAAUUAUCCCUUCCACCUUUCCCCAAGUUACGCAUAGCUGACUUCAGGCACAAUCCUAUAGAGUCUGUAUUUCCCAGUACAUUUGAAAUCAUGAAUGCCACUUCAAUCUUGAAUAUUGGAGGGAAAGAAUCAGCACUUAGCAUCCAACCAAACUCUUUCCUUGGCCUUAUAAAUCUCAAACAGCUGAACAUCUACAAUGUCAGCAUUCCAAAGAUGGAGAGAGAAGUGCUGAGAGGAAUGCCAAAGUUGAAAGAAUUGAAAAUAACUGGAACCAUUGAAGGUUUGUCAUUUGAUGCCUUCCUUGAAGUUCCCAAGCUUGAAAACCUAGUACUGCAUCAUUGCAACAUCCAUUCAAUUUCCAUGGAUGCUUUCUAUGGGCUUUAUGGUUUGCUUUACCUGGACCUAUCACAUAAUCUUCUUGAGUCACUCCCGCCAGGCUUAUUCGAUCAACAGUUUUCACUCCGAGAACUGCUCCUACAUAACAAUAAGCUUAACAGACUUCCCCCUGGACUUCUGUCAAAUAUUCCAGCUAAGAUGGUACGCCUUGACGGUAACCCAUGGCACUGCACAUGCACUAUGAAGGACUGGCAACCAGCUGUUAUCAACAAAGUCAAACAGAAAAGUCAGCUCAACUUCUGUCAAUUUCAUUAUGACAAAGGUAGCAUGUGUAACCGUACUCAGACUUCCGAUCGUUAUGUCUAUGACAAGCGAGUGGCACCACAGUGCACCACACCAUCCAAAUUCAAGAACUGGAGUGUAUUUGAAGUGCUCCACAAAGAGCUCAGAUGCAACAGGAAGCAACACAUCAAGAUGGACAGAAAGGCCUACUUGAAGCAAAAGUAUGAGGACUAUGAAAAAAGCAUUAAACCUACAUAUGUAGGAAAUAAAACACUCUAUACAUAUUAUCCUCAGAAUACCACUAAGCCAAAUGUGAACCAGAAAUCAGUGGUUACAGGAAAUUCACCUGGGAAUGCUAAAGUAAAACAAAAUUCAACCCAAACACAAAUUCAUGAAGUUCCAACUACGACAAUAUUCACUGAAAUAAAGAAAGCUAUGCCAUCCACUACUGAACUUAGGAAGAAUGAACAAACACCAGAGGAUGAAAGAAGUGAGUCAGAAGUUACAGAUGAUGGAGAUAUAACAUCAACAACGCAGGUGCCUUCAGUCUACAAUCACAGUACUCCAACUUCACAAAGCAUAGAUGAUCGCAAUUACAAUCUCAUUUUAGAUAAUGAGACAUACAUUAAUCAGCCACAUGUCACAACAAGCAAAUAUGAUGCAAAUAUCACAAAUGAGGCAGACAGAACAACAGUAACCACUUCAACACACAAUGUGCUUGACAAUAAAGAUGUUAAUCCUACAAGCAAGAAGGAAAAGCAGAAAAUGGAGCUACUGAGAGAAAUGAAGGAGAAAGCAGCUGCCAAGCAAAAAAUGAAGCAAACUGAAACCAAUUAUUUCCUGCAUGAAGAAAAUGGUAAGCAAAUAAAACUAUCCAAGAAAGCAUGGAAAUUAGAACAGGAGAGAAAGCGUCAGCAAAGGUUGAAAAGAUUUCAAGCUCAAAAUUAACAGCACAACCUCUAAAGUGUAGCUGUGUGCAGUACGAAGCAUACAUGACUCAGGAAACAAAAAGGUUUAACUGAUUAUAUGUGUUUUAACCGCCAACUGGAAAGAAAAUAUCUGCAGUAAAAAUAAAGUGGACACUAAUAGGAUGAAUUUAAA